GCUUGUGGCUAGAAAGAACGGGCGAUUCCGUCCAGCAGACACUCUCUUUGACACGUCGGAUGUUGAAAACUGCGAUGACAUGCCUUUCACAGGACCAAUUCUUUGUCCGAUACAAGUUCAGCACGUUUGAGGCUCUGCUGAUGUUAAUCUAUAAACUCUCUCAGAAUGGCUCCGUGGAUCAGGGAUGGGCCUUACUGGGAAUGGCUUUGAACAUCGGGAUGGCGUUACGGUGCAAUGCUGGGAAUCAGCAACUUGGUCUAAUCGAAGCUGAAAGGCGACGCCGCUGCUGGGCCGGCCUUCUAUCGCUACAUACCUAUCAAAGCAUUUUGUUUCGAGAUGUCGACAUGUCAUUUCUCCUCGAUCUUAAGGUCCCAUUGCCGGCAAAUGUGAAUGACAACGACAUUACGAAUGAAGGUAUCUCACAGCCUCCCAAAGAGCCGACGCAGAUGUCUGUCAUGAUGUUCAAGAUUCGUCUCUUUCCACUUUCUACCCGCAUUUGCCGCCAUAUAUCCGGUGCCUCGAGGCUUGAUCCCGAGCCAUUGAAGGAAUUCGAUGCCGCAAUCUCUACCGAGCAAAGACUGUGGGACUCGACAUACAUGAUCGACGGAGCGCCAAACCUGCUUGAUUCCAGCUACGCCCAUUGGUGCGUUCUGCAAACGUACGCGCAUCAUCUUCUGCUCUUGCUCAAUCGUCCAUUCCAUCACUCGCAAGCGCCGUGCUUCAUUUCCGCCUCAAGGGAUCGAUGUAUUGAUUCGUCGGUGAAAGUGAUUUCUAUACAUCGCCAAAUCUAUGAGGUGCCUUUGCUUCGAGACUUCAUCUGGUUGCUCAACGGGGUGGUGAGCUUGAAAGCACUCCACGCUGCCGUGGCGCUCAGUUCGUGCAUCGCCGAUAUGCCACCAUCGUGGGAUUCGAGCUUUUACCGACAGGAGUUGCAGGGUCUCAUGGCCCGUAUGGAAAGCUGCUCUGGUCGGAGCGCAACAUGCCUCAAGGCCUAUCCCAUAUUGAGUCACAUGCAUCGGCUGCACGGGAUUCGGAGUUUCAAAUCCCAACAGAGCUACAGGUCGAGAACUUGUUUGAAGACGGGAUUGAUAUGCGGGAAUGGUUUGACGCCGAUUACAACAAUUGGUGCUUGGCUCCCGCUUCGAGCAGUCUUCCCACGUAAGGGAUCUCCCAGUAUGGGAGAGGGAGGGCAAGAUUAUUACGAAUUGAUAGAAAACCAGGUUGCUGAAAGCACAUCUAAUAGAAGUUAUACAAUCCUUGGACCUUGCGGGUUCACGAAGGAUAGACCUUCCGGUCAGGAUCUAGAGAUCGCUCGACCAUUGGGUCCUGUUUCAUAUGGACUGCACGAGGCUACAGAUAUCUAUAACACAGAGCACGAUCUGCUCGGCCCAGCCGUUAUGAUACGCGCAUACUCCGUCAGUCAUACCGCUUGGACAAUAACCAACCUACAUGUCACAACGCUCCUUUUCCCGGUGACUUGAGCUGAUUCCAAUUCAAUUGUUCAAUACUGUGGGAAGCUCGUAUUCAAACACUUUCCUGUUCCAGGGAAAACUAAGACAGACAUGGAGAAAAUGGAGGGCAGGACAGGAGAAUGGAACAGGUGAAGCGGAGAUAAGCAGGGCUCCACAUUUUCUUCUCCGAUCG